UCUCUUUAUAAAAAGAAAUGCCAUCCUUUUACCAUCCGUUCUCUGUCCCGCCGGAUACUCUCCCUUUCACCGCCGGUUACUGAGUUCCCCCUCCCCAGCCAUGGUCCACCAAUCCUGCCGGGAGUUCUUCUCCGCUCCCCUCCAUGGCCUCACCACCUCCACCACCACCAACACCACCAUUGCCUCCACCUCUAAUGAGACUACCAUGGACCUUGCAUGGCCUUUUGGUAAGCUUGAAGGUGUUGACCGUGAUGAUAUCCGUGAAGCAGCCUACGAAAUAUUCUUCACAGCUUGCCGUUCAUCACCAGGUUUUGGAGGUCGAAAUGCUUUAACGUUUUACUCUUCACAUGAUCAUCAUGGAAAUGGGGAUGGAGGAACAGCGUCUGGAUCACCACACGGGCCAGGGUCACCGAGCGGGCGGGCGAAUUAUGGGGUGGUGAUGAGCCCUACGAGUAGGGUUAAAAGGGCCUUGGGGUUGAAGAUGUUGAAAAGAUCACCUUCCAGGAGGAUGUCAACGUCGUCUGUAGGUUUUAGCAGCGGUGGUGGUGGAGGGUCCACGCCAUCAUCGCCUGUUUCUCAUGGAUUUGGUGGUUCUGCUUCUGCUUCUAGCCCUGGAGCUGGAAUGGGGUUUUCUACGUUGCCGGCGUCGAGGCCUAGGCGGCCUUUAACGUCGGCGGAGAUUAUGAGGCAGCAAAUGAGGGUGACAGAACAGAGUGACAAUAGGCUUAGGAAGACUCUCAUGAGAACCCUUGUUGGCCAAAUGGGUAGGAGAUCAGAGACUAUCAUCCUUCCGCUUGAGCUUCUCCGGCACCUAAAACCAUCCGAAUUCAAUGACUUGCACGAGUACCAUCUUUGGCAAAAGCGUCAGCUCAAAAUCCUGGAAGCAGGCCUUCUCCUCCAUCCAUCAAUCCCUCUAGACAAAUCGAAUUCUUUCCUUAUGCGUCUACGUGAGAUAAUCCGAGCCGCCGAUUCCAAGCCUAUAGACACUGGGAAGAACUCUGACAUGAUGAGAACAUUGUGCAACAGUGUUGUUUCUUUAUCUUGGCGAAGUACCAAUGGUACUCCUACUGAUGUGUGCCAUUGGGCUGACGGAUUCCCUCUCAACAUUCACAUCUACACUUCUCUCCUUCAGGCCAUUUUUGAUAUUAGGGAUGAGACAUUAGUCCUUGACGAGGUUGAUGAGUUGCUAGAACUGAUGAAAAAGACAUGGUCUACAUUGGGGAUCAAUAGGCCAAUUCACAAUGCCUGUUUCACUUGGGUGCUUUUCCAGCAAUAUGUUGCGACUAAUCAGAUGGAGCCUGAUCUUCUUUGUGCUGCAUAUACUAUGUUGACAGAGGUGGCAAAUGAUGCUAGAAAGCCGGAUAGAGAGGCAACGUAUGUGAAACUAUUGUCUUCCAUGAUAGUUUCAAUGCAAAGUUGGGCAGAGAAGAGGUUGCUUCACUACCAUGAAUAUUUCAACAGAGGAAAUAUUGGUGGAAUCGAAAAUCUUUUGCCCUUGGCAUUAUCUUCAACAAAGAUUUUAGGUGAAGAUGUUACGAUCAUGGAAGGGGAAGGGAGCAAGAAAGGGGACACAAUGCUCGUGGAUUCAACCAGUGAUCGCGUAGAUCAUUACAUUCGAUCUUCUGUGAAAAAUGCAUUUGCAAAGAUAAUAGAAAAUGAAAAUGUCAAAAAAGCAAAUACAGAGGAAAGAGAAGAACCUAGUAUAGCUAUACUUCAAUUGGCUAAGGAAACUGAGGAUUUGGCUGCGAGAGAGAGGGGGUUAUUUAGUCCCAUAUUGAAGAGGUGGCAUCCGAUUGCAGCUGGAGUUGCGGCUGUGACGCUGCACCAAUGCUAUGGAGCAGUGUUAAAGCAAUAUUUAGCUGGUACAAGUGUGCUGAACAGUGAGAUAGUUGGGGUACUACAAAGAGCUGCAAAACUAGAAAAGGUUUUGGUUCAAAUGGUGGUUGAAGAUUCUGAAGAGUGUGAAGAUGGAGGCAAAGGAAUUGUCAGAGAAAUGACGCCAUAUGAAGUUGAUUCAAUUAUAUUGAGGCUCUUGAGACAAUGGAUAGAUGAAAGACUAAAGAAAGGGAAAGAACUGCUUUGUAGAGCAAAAGAAACUGAAACCUGGAACCCCAAGUCCAAAUCUGAGCCAUAUUCACAGUCAUCUGAGGAGCUAAUGAAAUCGGCCAUGGAAACGGUGAAUGAUUUCUUUGAAAUUCCCAUUGGAAUUACCGAUGAUUUGAUUCUUGAUCUAGCUGAAGGUUUAGAGCAGCUCUUCCAAGAAUACAUUACCUUCGUAGCAUCAUGUGGGUCAAAGCGGAGUUAUCUCCCUACACUUCCUCCUCUAACCAGAUGCAACCGAGAUUCAAAGUUCUUCAAACUCUGGAGAAAGGCUAGUCCUUGCAGUGUUGGAGUAGAAGCAAUGCAUCAAAUUACGACUACCGAUGGUCACCUUCCUCGCCCAUCAACAAGCCGUGGAACACAACGCCUCUACGUCCGUCUUAAUACAUUGCACUAUUUAAUCUCUCACCUCCAUUCUCUUGAUAAAACUCUCACCAUCUCACCAAGAGUCUCAACACGGAACCGUUUCAGCGGCAGCCGCAAGCACCAUGGUGCUUCAUCUUCCUACUUUGAACACGCCAUUGGAUCCAUUCAAUCAGCCUGUGAUCAUGUAUCAGAAGUUGCAGCUUACCGCUUAAUUUUCCUUGACUCGAAUUCUCUUUUUUAUGAGAGUCUCUACGUUGGUGAUGUAGCCAAUACAAGAAUUAGACCUGCAAUCAGAAUUCUGAAGCAGAAUCUCACACUUCUUACUGCAAUACUCACAGACCGGGCUCAAGCAUUAGCAAUGAAAGAAGUUAUGAAAGCAUCUUUUGAAGCCUUUCUUAUGGUUUUGCUAGCCGGCGGACCUUCCAGGAUCUUUCAUCGGUCUGAUCACGAGAUGAUUGAGGAAGAUUUUGACAGCUUGAAGAGGGUAUUUUGUACUUGUGGGGAAGGCUUGAUAUCUGAGGAUGUAGUCGAGAGAGAGGCUGAGACAGUGGAAGGUGUGAUAUCAUUGAUGGGUCAAUCCACUGAACAACUAACAGAAGAUUUCAGCAUUGUCACUUGUGAAACUAGCGGAAUAGGUUUCAUUGGCGCAGGGCAAAAACUACCUAUGCCACCAACUACAGGAAGGUGGAAUAGAGCAGAUCCAAACACAAUACUAAGGAUCUUGUGCCAUAGGAAUGACCGAGCAGCGAAUCAGUUCUUAAAGAAGUCAUUUCAAUUGGCAAAGAGGAAAUGAAUUGAAAUAGUACAUUGUAUAUAUUGGAUAU